AUGCGUGUUGGAUCAUCCCCUUCGUCAUCUGCCUGGGGCUUUUUAUUUUUGUUUGCAGUGAUGCCCUCCAAAAGGGGGACCUUAGCAACCUUGUGCGCCUCCCUGAUCUCAAUGGACAUCUCUGUGGUCGUGGGAUCAAUCGGGACAAGCCGUUUCUCUACUUCUGCAUGCAAGAGAGCAGCCAGUGGGUUUUUCAAGGAAAUGACAAGAGGUUGGACAUGGCCAACCCUGUUUGCGUCGGGCCGGCGUCUCAGGUUGAAGCACCAAAACCAGGUCGGUCAGUUGCUGCUCCGAGGAUAUGCCCUGGGACCUACAACACGAGCACGCGGCUUUUGGCCCCAGGGGCAUUUUUUAAGGAUGAGAUUGUAUUAUAUAAUAUUAUAUAUACAUACGUAUAUAUAUAUAUAUAAUAUAUAUAUAUAUAACAUUAUAACCUUGGUGAACUAA